UGUCCAUGGCAGUGUGGGUUUGGUUGAGCACAAGCAGCUUGAGGAAGCCUAGAGGAGGCUGCGAGCAGGAGACUGACAGGCCUUACAUGAGCAGGCGAAUAAAGAAAAAUUAAACAAGAUUCCCAACGAAUACCGACUUUGCAAAACUGAAAAAAAUUAACCUACAUCUCCAUAUCUCAUACCUGCAUUUGAUAUAACUGGAUGAACCGCCAAGGUUGAAGCACAGCUGAAUGUUCCGCCUGUGUAGAUGAACACCUGACCCACGGCUGUUGGUCAUAGAGGCGACUCCAUGAAAGAUGACGGAGGAGGUGAUAGUUGUAGCCAAGUGGGACUACACCGCCCAGCAGGACCAGGAGCUGGACAUCAGGAAGAACGAGCGCCUCUGGCUGCUGGACGACUCCAAGACGUGGUGGCGGGUCCGCAACGCCGCCAACCUGACGGGCUACGUGCCAUCCAACUACGUGGAGCGCAAGAACAGCCUGAAGAAGGGCUCGCUGGUCAAGAACCUGAAGGACACCCUCGGUCUUGGCAAGACUAAGAGAAAGACCAUUGCCCGUGAUGCUUCUCCCACGCCGAGCACCGACGCCGAGUUCCUGUCCAAUGGCAGCGGAGGGGGCGGGGCCGAACGCAUCUACGACCUCAACAUCCCCGCGCUGGUGAAGUUCGCCUACGUGGCGGAACGCGAAGACGAGCUGACCCUCGUCAAGGGGUCGAAGGUCGUCGUCAUGGAGAAGUGCAGCGACGGCUGGUGGCGGGGCAGUGCCGGUGGUCAGGUGGGCUGGUUCCCCUCCAAUUACGUCCUGGAGGAAGGGGAGGGGGAGGCGGCCUCGGGAGACCCGUCGCCAGGCUACCAGCGGGUGGGCGGAGCGGUGGUGCUGGUCAACGGCCAAUCGGGGCCCUGCAGCAAGCCCCUCCACACAGUCCAGACCUUGUACCCCUUCAGCUCUGUGACGGACGAGGAGCUGAACUUUGACAAGGGCGAGGUGAUGGAGGUCCUGGAGAAGCCCGAGAACGACCCGGAGUGGUGGCGCUGUCAGAACGCCCGGGGCCUGGUGGGGCUGGUGCCAAAGAACUACGUCCUGGUCCUCGGUGACGGCCCGGCCCCCGGCCCGGCCCACUCCCCCCAGAUUAGCUACAUAGGGCCCUCCAGCACCGGCAAGUUCGCCGGGAAGUCCUGGUACUACGGCGACGUGACGCGGCACCAGGCGGAGUGCGCGCUGAAAGAGCGGGCGUCCGAGGGGGACUUCCUGGUCCGGGACAGCGAAUCUUCGCCCAGCGACUUCUCCGUGUCCCUGAAGGCCGUGGGGAAGAACAAACACUUCAAGGUGCAGCUGCUGGAGGGGGUGUACUGCAUCGGCCAGCGGCGCUUCACCAGCAUGGACGAGCUGGUGGAGCACUACAAGAAGGCCCCCAUCUUCACCAGCGAGCACGGAGACAAACUCUACCUGGUCCGACCUCUCCUGUGACCCCCCCCCCCCCCCCCCAACGCACACGCACACACACGCACUCACGCAGACCGGAGCCCCGUCGCUUGGCACGGCCCCGUCCCAACUACAAGCCUUCUUUUACCGUACAGCGUACAGUAGGAGACACUGCAGGAGCGUCGACGAGCCCCCCUCCUGUUCUGUCGGCGUUCUGGAACACAGGAGGCACGCGCUUCAGUUACGCUACGGUUGCCAUGGAACUCUGCGGGGGGCGGGGGGGG